AUGCUCGGAGCAUUCUUCCUUGGGACGCAGGCUGUCUACGCUCACACUGAAGCGUUUGAACCUCUAGAGUCGACAAUUGAGAGCGUACGGACUGCGCUCGUCACGAAGUCGGCUACUUGCCGUACUGUGGUGUCUUCUUUCCUUUCCCGUAUUGAGAAAUUUAAUCCGAAUAUCAAUGCGAUCGUUAGUCUUAACCCUGAUGCUCUCUUCGCAGCAGAUGAGUUAGACAAGAAACUUGCCGCCGGCGACCUAGCAGGCAAGCUCCUCUGUGUUCCUGUCUUGCUGAAGGACAACUAUGACGCUAUAGGCACGAACACGACAGGGUCAUGUGCUGGUUUGGCUGGUAACCGCCCCAUCGUCGAUACCCCUUCCGUCAAGGCACUUAAAAAAGAAGGCGCUGUGAUUCUAGGUAAAACGAAUUUGCAUGAAAUGGCGCUGGAGGGCCUCACAGUGUCCUCUCUAGGAGGACAGACGGUAAACCCAUACGAUCAAACCCGGACUCCGGGAGGUAGUAGUGGUGGCACCGGUGCUGCAAUUGCAACUAGUUUCGCAGUCUUUGGCACAGGUACGGAUGCUGUCAACAGUCUCCGUAGUCCGGCAAGCGCGAAUGAUCUCGUCAGCGUGCGUCCAACUCGGGGGCUUAUAUCGAGAACGGGUAUAAUGCCCGUCAGCUUCACACAGGAUACUAUUGGGCCAAUCGCAAGAAGUAUCCGAGACCUUGCGGUUGCACUAACCGUAAUGGCGAGCGUCGGUGCUGACGAAGCUGACAACGCCACUCUUCUUGUUCCACCGGAGGCCAGAGGAAUAGAUUAUACACGAGGUUUAGACGACGGAAGUCUCAAUGGGCUUAGAAUUGGGUUGUUGGAUGGAUUCUGGAACCACACGGUAUCAGAUGAGACGACUCCGGUAAUCGACGCCUUGGAAAGCACCAUCGACUUCCUCAAAUCAGAGGGUGUCGAAAUCAUCAAUGUGACAGAAUCAAUCUACAACGCAUCAUCACUAGCCGAUUUAGAUGUCCAGCAAUACGAAUUCAAAGAAUCACUAAAUAAUUACCUGUCUAGUCCGAGCCUUACCGGGGAUAGACCGACUACUUGGGACGAGGUAUAUGAGAGUGGAAAUUUUCUGGUUAUUCCUGCUCAAUACAGCUUCAUAAACAACUCCAGGAUUGGGUCGCCAACUGAUCCGGGAUAUACAACGGCUAAGCAAGGGAUAGAUGACCUCAAAGCUGCAGUUAAUAAAACAUUCAUCAGCAAUAAGCUCGAUGCUGUCAUCUACCCGGAGCAGAAGAAUCUCGUAGUCAAAAUCGGCUCGCCGUCCCAGGCUGGACGUAAUGGUAUUCUUGCUGCAUUGACCGGCGUCCCCGUGGUCGCUGUUCCGGUCGGAUUCUCGCAACCAUCUCUGGAUGCGCCGAUCGGUGUUCCCAUCGGAAUGGAGAUAUUAGGCCUUCCGUUCAGCGAGGAGAAGCUGCUUAACAUUGCUAAUCACUUUACUUGCCUUCGACCAUUGCGCAAGACGCCAGCGUUCGCAAACGAUACCGUCCCGACGAAUCCUUAUGUUUCGGUACCGAAGGUGCACCCAGAUAUCUCUAAUAUUCCUCCAGCAUACCCUCUCGGUGUCCUUCAUUAG